AUGGAUGCUUUGAUCCCGUUAACACUGUUGAAUUUUGACGAUUACAAAUACGCUAAACUGUUCAAUACUUCCAAUUUUAUUGUCCAAAACGUUGAUCAGUUUAGAACUCCCGCCACUGAUUACUUUAAUGAAAAUGGAAAGUUUGUGGACGAACUACGUUGGGAUUUGGACGGAAGAUAUAGCGCAGAGUUGUAUUCAGAGCGCACAGUAGAUCUGGUUAACAAACUCACACCUCAGGAGGACCCUUUCUUCAUCUACUUAGCUUAUCAGAGUGUUCAUGGUCCGCACAUGGUUCCUCAAAGAUACAUCGACCAAUACUCAUCCCAUAUCAUGGAUGAAAAUAAAAAAGUAUUCGCUGCAAUGGUGAGCGCUAUGGACGAAGGAAUUGGGAACAUUACCAAAGCAUUAGAGAGCACAGGUUUGGCAGACAACACAAUUAUUGUAUUCAGUUCAGACAAUGGUGGCAAUGUGAACUGUGUACAUGAUCCAGAAGUAACAUCGAGCAAUUAUCCUUACAGAGGCGGUAAACGGGCUCUUUAUGAGGGUGGCGUUAGGUCCCCUUCAUUCAUAUGGGGUAGAAACAGGUUAGCUCCUUCCAAGUCUGACGCCAUGAUACAUGUCACUGACUGGCUGCCAACUUUCUGGUCACUGGCUAGUCUCCAAGGCAAAUUGAACCCUAAUAAUCCAAUCAAAACAAAACCACUCGAUGGAAUUGAUCAAUGGCUGGCUAUUUCAGAGAACUUGCCAUCUAACAGAACCGAAUUUGUUAUAAACAUUGACCCCAAACCAGUGGCUUGCGGUCAUAGAGUGCCACAUGCAGGACUGAGAUGGAAGGAGUGGAAGCUUAUCAUUGGUGCUGGUGGUCCUCCGAACGGUUGGUAUCCAGCUCCAGAACUAACUGACAUUGAGAAAAACUGUGGACAUCACGACAGCUACAUUGAGUUAUACAACAUCAUUGAGGAUCCAUCAGAAACAAGGAAUGUGUCAGACAAGUUUCCAAACAUUGUCCAGAUGCUUACAGAGAAGAUAAAGGCUUACAAUGCAACAGCGGUGCCGAUAGGAAACAAACUAUAUGAUCCAGCUUCUGAUCCAAAACACUUCAAUUACACUUGGAUGCCUUGGCUGGAUUUUUUUGCUGAAGUCCCGGAGACAUAA